GUUAGAGUCAUGGCCCGCCGCUGACCGGGCCCGCCGUUUGAGGAAGGGGGCGAGGCCGUUCCGCAGCACCCCUCCCGGGGCCUCAGGCUGGUCGGACUGGCCCUCCGCCUUCCCGUUUGGUGCUGCCGCCGCCACUGCCGGCUGAGGAGGGGAGAUGAGUUGGUUCAACGCCUCCCAGCUUUCCAGCUUCGCGAAGCAGGCCCUGUCCCAGGCCCAGAAGUCUAUCGACAGGGUCCUGGAUAUCCAGGAAGAGGAGCCGAGCGCCUGGGCCGAGACCAUUCCGUACGGAGAGCCGGGAAUAAAUCCCCCUGUCAGUGGAGGAUGGGAUACUUCAACCUGGGGGUUAAAAUCAAACAGUGAACCUCAGAGUCAGCCUGUAGCUUCUCCUAAAGCAAUAACAAAGCCAGUUCGGAGAACUGUGGUAGAUGAAUCUGAAAAUUUCUUCAGUGCCUUUCUCUCUCCAACGGAUGUCCAGACCAUUCAGAAGAGUCCAGUGGUAUCAAAACCACCAGCUAAAUCACAACGACCAGAAGAAGAAGUAAAAAGCACUUUACAGGAAUCCUUGCCCACUGGACAGUCAAGAACCUCGGAAACAACUGAGUCAAAAGUGAAAGACUCUACUCCAUGUGUAUCAGGGGAAACUCUGGCAGUAGAUACUCCGUCGCCAAACACUGAGGGCAAGCAUGAAGAAACUGUUAAUAAAGAAUCUGAUACGAAGGUAUCAACUGUACGUUUGAAGGUAUCCGAAAAUGUAAUUAAUGUGAAAACAACUAGGGAAAACAUACCUAAUAUGUCGAAUGCAGAAACAAAGGACGUGGCUUUGGAACCUAAGGAACAAAAACAUGAAGACAGACAGAGUAACACACCUUCUCCUCCAGUUAGUACCUUCUCGUCUGGUACUUCUACCACCAGUGACAUUGAAGUUUUAGAUCAUGAAAGUGUAAUAAGUGAGAGCUCAGCAAGUUCGAGACAAGAGACUACAGAUUCAAAAUCAGGUCUUCACUUGAUGCAGACAUCUUUUCAGCUUCUCUCAGCAUCUGCUUGUCCUGAAUAUAAUCGUUUAGAUGAUUUCCAGAAACUCACUGAGAGUUGCUGUUCAUCUGAUGCUUUUGAAAGAAUAGACUCGUUUAGUGUGCAGUCGUUAGAUAGUCGUAGUGUAAGUGAAAUCAAUUCAGAUGAUGAACUGUCAGGCAAGGGAUAUGCUUUAGUACCUAUUAUAGUUAAUCCUUCAACUCCAAAGACUAAAGUAAUUGAAUCUGUUGAAGGAAAAUCUGAAGAAGAAGUAAAUGAAACAUUAAUUAUACCCACUGAAGAAACAGAAAUGGAAGAAAGUGGACGAAGUGCAACACCUGUUAAUUGUGAACAGCCUGAUAUCUUGGUUUCUUCUACACCAGUAAGUGAAGGACAUACUGUCUCAGACAAAGUGGCCGAGCCGCACGAAACUGCUGAAAGUAAGCCAGAAGCACAUUCUGAGAAGGAAGAUGUUUGCAAGGUAAAUCUAGAAACCAGAGUCGAAUUUCUGAAUGAGAAACUGGAUAAAAGGGAGGCUCAGUUAUUAUCUCUUAGUAAAGAAAAAGCACUUCUAGAAGAAGCCUAUGAUAAUCUGAAAGAUGAAAUGUUUAGAGUGAAAGAAGAAAGCAGCAGCAUUUCUUCCUUGAAAGAUGAAUUUACUCAAAGAAUUGCAGAAGCAGAAAAGAAAGUUCAGCUAGCCUGUAAAGAGAGAGAUGCUGCUAAAAAGGAAAUCAAAAGUAUAAAAGAAGAACUUGCUACUAGAUUAAAUAGUAGUGAAACUUCAGAACUUUUGAAAGAGAAAGAUGAGCAGAUCCGAGGGUUAAUGGAAGAAGGAGAAAAACUUUCAAAACAGCAGCUGCAUAAUUCUAACAUUAUUAAGAAAUUAAGAGCUAAAGACAAAGAAAAUGAAAAUAUUAUUGCAAAACUGAACAAAAAAGUUAAAGAGCUAGAAGAAGAGUUGCAACAUUUAAAACAGGUCCUUGAUGGCAAAGAAGAGGUUGAGAAACAACAUAGAGAAAACAUUAAAAAACUAAAUUCUGUGGUAGAACGCCAAGAGAAGGAUCUUGGCCGACUUCAGGUAGACAUGGAUGAACUUGAAGAAAAGAACCGAAGUAUUCAAGCUGCUCUGGAUAGUGCAUACAAAGAACUUACUGAUCUCCACAAAGCCAAUGCUGCAAAAGAUAGCGAGGCACAGGAAGCUGCUCUGAGUCGUGAAAUGAAAGCCAAAGAAGAACUUUCUGCAGCACUAGAGAAGGCCCAAGAAGAAGCCCGUCAGCAGCAAGAAACAUUAGCGAUUCAAGUGGGAGACCUCAGGCUGGCACUGCAACGUGCAGAGCAAGCGGCUGCCAGAAGAGAGGAUUAUUUGCGCCAUGAGAUCGGUGAACUCCAGCAGAGACUUCAGGAAGCAGAGAAUCGAAACCAAGAGCUGAGUCAAAGUGUUUCAUCAACAACAAGACCAUUGCUUCGACAGAUAGAAAAUUUGCAAGCAACUCUAGGGUCCCAGACAUCAUCGUGGGAGAAGUUAGAGAAGAAUCUUUCUGAUAGGCUUGGUGAAUCCCAGACCUUGUUGGCAGCAGCAGUUGAAAGAGAACGUGCAGCUACAGAAGAACUCCUUGCCAACAAAAUUCAAAUGUCUUCCAUGGAGUCACAGAAUUCUCUCUUAAGGCAGGAAAAUAGUAGAUUUCAGGCCCAGCUAGAAUCAGAGAAAAAUAAGCUAAGAAAACUGGAGGAUGAAAAUAGUAGGUACCAGGUUGAAUUAGAAAACCUAAAAGAUGAAUAUGUAAGAACACUUGAAGAGACAAGGAAAGAAAAGACACUAUUGAAUAGUCAGUUAGAAAUGGAGAAAAUGAAAGUUGAACAAGAAAGGAAGAAAGCAGUUUUCACCCAAGAAGCAGUAAAAGAAAAGGAACGGAAGCCAUUUUCUGUUUCUAGCACUCCCACAAUGUCACGAUCAAGUUCAAUAAGUGGAGUUGAUAUGGCAGGGCUACAGACAUCUUUUCUGUCUCAGGAUGAGCCUCAUGAUCAUUCAUUUGGACCAAUGUCUGUAUCAGCAAAUGGAAACAAUCUUUAUGAUGCUGUAAGAAUGGGAGCAGGAUCCAGCAUUAUUGAAAAUCUACAGUCUCAGCUAAAGCUGAGGGAAGGAGAAAUUACUCAUUUACAGCUGGAAAUUGGCAAUCUAGAAAAAACCCGCUCAAUAAUGGCUGAAGAGCUGGUUAAAUUAACUAAUCAAAAUGAUGAACUUGAAGAGAAAGUGAAGGAGAUACCCAAACUUCGAACUCAGCUAAGAGAUUUGGAUCAGAGAUACAACACUAUUCUGCAAAUGUAUGGAGAGAAAGCAGAAGAGGCAGAAGAACUUCGAUUAGAUCUUGAAGAUGUAAAAAAUAUGUAUAAGACUCAAAUAGAUGAACUUUUAAGACAAAGACUCAGUUAA